GCGGUUCCGGAGUCAGCGCCGGCAGGAUGGCGGCGGACACGCAGGUUUCUGAGACACUAAAGCGUUUUGCAGGGAAGGUGACAACAGCCAGUGUAAAGGAACGGAGAGAAAUCCUCAGUGAACUGGGAAAGUGUGUGGCUGGAAAAGAUCUGCCAGAGGGAGCAGUGAAGGGGCUCUGCAAAUUGUUCUGCUUGACUCUGCAUCGAUACAGAGAUGCAGCCUCCCGCAGGGCCUUACAGGCAGCCAUCCAGCAGUUGGCUGAGGCCCAGCCAGAAGCCACUGCUAAGAACCUUCUACACUCUCUGCAGUCUUCUGGUAUUGGCUCCAAAGCAGGUGUUCCCAGUAAGAGCAGUGGCUCUGCCGCCUUGCUGGCCUUGACCUGGACCUGUCUUCUGGUGCGCAUUGUCUUUCCGUCGAAAGCCAAGAGACAAGGAGACAUCUGGAACAAACUGGUGGAGGUGCAGUGCCUACUCUUGCUGGAGGUGCUGGGUGGCUCCCACAAGCACGCCGUGGAUGGUGCUGUGAAGAAACUCACAAAGCUGUGGAAAGAGAACCCCGGGCUGGUGGAGCAAUACUUGUCAGCCAUUCUCAGCCUAGAGCCCAACCAGAGCUAUGCCGGCAUGCUGGGGCUGCUGGUGCAGUUCUGCACGAGUCACAAGGAGACGGACGUGGUCAGUCGGCAUAAGGGUGCCCUACUGGACUUUUACAUGAAGAACAUCCUUAUGAGCAAAGUCAAGCCUCCGAAGUACCUGUUGGAUAGCUGUGCCCCUCUGCUCCGGUACCUGUCCCACGCAGAAUUUAAGGAUCUGAUAUUGCCCACCAUACAGAAGUCCUUACUGAGGAGUCCAGAGAAUGUUAUUGAAACUAUUUCUAGUCUGCUGGCAUCAGUGACUCUUGACCUCAGCCAGUAUGCCCUGGACAUUGUGAAAGGACUGGCUAGUCACCUGAAAUCCAACAGUCCCCACCUGAUGGACGAAGCCGUGCUGGCGCUGCGGAACCUGGCACGCCAGUGCAGUGACUCUUCGGCCAUGGAAGCCCUGACCAAGCACUUAUUUGCUAUCCUCGGAGGCUCAGAAGGAAAACUAACUGUUGUAGCCCAGAAGAUGAGCGUCCUCUCAGGGAUUGGGAGUGUCAGUCAUCACGUGGUGUCUGGACCUUCCAGUCAGGUCCUGAACGGGAUUGUGGCUGAGCUGUUCAUCCCAUUCCUUCAGCAGGAAGUUCAUGAAGGGACCUUGGUGCACGCUGUCUCAGUCCUGGCUCUCUGGUGUAACCGAUUCACUACGGAAGUGCCCAAGAAGCUCACUGAAUGGUUCAAAAAAGCUUUCAGCCUUAAAACCUCCACAUCUGCAGUGAGGCACGCCUACCUGCAGUGCAUGUUGGCCUCUUAUCGGGGUGACACAUUGUUGCAGGCCCUGGACCUUCUGCCCUUGCUCAUCCAGACAGUGGAGAAGGCAGCAUCCCAAAGCACUCAGGUUCCCACAGUCGCUGAAGGGGUUGCCGCAGCCUUGUUGCUCUUGAAGCUGUCAGUGGCUGACUCACAGGCUGAGGCCAAACUGAGCAGUUUCUGGCAGCUGAUUGUGGAUGAGAAGAAGCAGGUGUUCACCUCUGAGAAAUUCCUGCUUAUGGCUUCAGAGGAUGCCCUGUGUACUGUGUUGCACCUGACAGAGAGACUUUUCCUUGACCACCCGCAUAGACUCACUGGCAACAAAGUUCGGCAGUACCACCGGGCUCUAGUGGCGGUGCUCCUGAGCCGCACCUGGCACGUCCGCAGGCAGGCUCAGCAGACGGCUCGCAAACUGCUCUCCUCUCUUGGGGGCUUUAAGCUGGCACACGGACUCCUGGAGGAACUGAAGACUGUCCUCAGUUCUCACAAGGUGCUGCCCUUAGAGGCUCUGGUGACCAAUGCUGGGGAGGUGACUGAGGCAGGCAAGGCGUAUGUGCCUCCACGGGUCCUGCAGGAGGCUCUGUGUGUCAUCUCUGGUGUGCCAGGGCUCAAGGGUGAUGUCACCGACACCGAACAGCUGGCCCAGGAGAUGCUGAUCAUCUCCCACCACCCAUCCUUAGUGGCUGUGCAGUCUGGACUUUGGCCAGCACUUCUUGCCAGGAUGAAGAUCGAUCCCGACGCCUUCAUCACCAGGCACCUGGAUCAGAUCAUUCCUAGGAUCACCACACAGAGUCCCCUAAACCAGUCCUCCAUGAACGCCAUGGGCUCCCUUUCCAUCCUGUCCCCGGACCGGGUCCUCCCACAGCUAAUCAGCACCAUCACCGCCUCCGUGCAGAACCCUGCACUGCGCCUGGUGACGCGGGAGGAGUUUGCCAUUAUGCAGACCCCUGCUGGGGAGCUGUAUGACAAAUCCAUCAUCCAGAGUGCCCAGCAAGACAGCAUAAAAAAGGCCAAUAUGAAGCGAGAGAACAAAGCAUAUUCCUUCAAAGAGCAGAUCAUUGAGCUGGAGCUGAAGGAGGAGAUAAAAAAGAAGAAAGGCAUCAAAGAGGAGGUGCAGCUGACCAGCAAGCAGAAGGAGAUGCUGCAGGCCCAGCUGGACAGGGAGGCACAGGUCCGCCGGCGGCUGCAGGAGCUGGAUGGGGAGCUAGAGGCAGCGCUCAGACUGCUGGACAUCAUCCUGGCGAAGAACCCGUCCGGCCUGACUCAGUACAUCCCUGUUUUGGUCGACUCUUUCUUGCCAUUGCUGAAGUCUCCUCUUGCUGCUCCCAGGAUCAAGAACCCCUUCUUGUCCUUGGCUGCCUGUGUCAUGCCCCCUAGGCUCAAGGCUUUGGGUACUUUGGUAAGCCAUGUGACCCUGCGCCUGCUGAAGCCAGAGUGUGCCCUGGAUAAGUCCUGGUGCCAAGAAGAGCUGUCGGUGGCUGUGAAGAGGGCGGUGACGCUGCUGCACACCCACACCAUCACCAGCAGGGUGGGCAAGGGGGAGCCAGGUGCUGCACCCUUGUCCGCGCCAGCCUUCUCCUUAGUCUUCCCGUUUCUGAAGAUGGUGCUGACCGAGAUGCCCCACCACAGUGAAGAGGAGGAGGAGCGGAUGGUCCAGAUUCUUCAGAUCCUCACUGUCCAUGCCCAGCUGAGGGCAUCCCCAAGCACCCCACCCGGGAGGGUGGACGAGAAUGGCCCGGAGUUGCUGCCUCGCAUGGCCAUGCUGCGUCUUCUGACUUGGGUGAUCGGGACAGGCUCGCCCCGCUUACAGUUAAUUGUAAGUGAUUUAACUUUAGCCACAUAUGGUUAGUGGCUACAUCUUGGACAAUACAGCUUAGGGAGAGGUGAGGAGGCAGGUCAGAGGCUCUUCUGAAAGAUCGUGCCUCACACAGUCCAAUCCCACACCUUCCAGGGGCUAAUCGAACUCCACAUGGUAUUGCCAGCACCUGAUACCGAUGAGAAGAAUGGCCUGAACCUUCUGCGGAGACUCUGGGUGGUCAAGUUUGAUAAGGAGGAGGAGAUCCGGAAGCUGGCUGAGAGGCUCUGGUCAGUGAUGGGCCUAGACCUGCAGCCAGACCUCUGCUCCUUGCUGAUCGAUGACGUGAUCUAUCAUGAGGCGGCUGUAAGGCAGGCGGGGGCUGAAGCCCUUUCCCAAGCAGUGGCACGUUACCAGCUCCAGGCAGCGGAGGUUAUGGGCAGACUCAUGGAGAUUUACCAGGAGAAGCUCUACCGGCCACCCCCAGUGCUGGAUGCUUUGGGACGAGUUAUUUCAGAAUCUCCUCCAGAUCAGUGGGAAGCCAGGUGUGGCUUGGCCUUGGCUCUCAACAACCUCUCCCAGUAUCUGGAUAGCUCUCAGGUGAAGCCACUCUUUCAAUUUUUUGUCCCUGAUGCCCUCAACGACCGACACCCAGAUGUCCGGAAGUGCAUGUUGGAUGCAGCCCUUGCAACACUCAACACCCACGGGAAGGAGAACGUCAACUCACUGUUGCCAGUAUUUGAGGAGUUCCUGAAGAAUGCACCCAAUGAUGCCAGCUAUGACGCUGUGCGACAGAGUGUGGUGGUCCUGAUGGGCUCUCUGGCCAAGCACCUGGACAAAAGUGACCCCAAAGUGAAGCCCAUUGUUGCCAAACUCAUCGCUGCCCUCUCUACACCCUCCCAGCAGGUCCAGGAGUCUGUGGCCAGCUGCUUGCCACCCCUCGUGCCAGCCAUCAAGGAGGAUGCUGGAGGGAUGAUCCAGAGGCUCAUGCAGCAGCUGCUGGAGUCAGACAAGUACGCAGAGCGCAAAGGAGCCGCGUACGGCCUGGCGGGCCUGGUGAAGGGCCUGGGCAUCCUCUCACUGAAGCAGCAGGAGAUGAUGGCAGCACUGACUGAUGCCAUUCAAGAUAAGAAGAACUUCCGCCGGCGAGAGGGAGCCCUCUUUGCCUUUGAGAUGCUCUGCACCAUGCUGGGGAAGCUCUUUGAGCCCUACGUGGUUCACGUGCUGCCCCAUUUGCUCCUGUGCUUCGGGGAUGGGAACCAGUAUGUGCGUGAGGCUGCAGAUGACUGUGCCAAGGCUGUGAUGAGCAACUUGAGUGCUCAUGGGGUGAAGCUGGUGCUCCCCUCCUUACUGGCUGCCCUGGAGGAGGAAUCCUGGCGGACCAAAGCUGGGUCAGUGGAGCUUCUCGGGGCAAUGGCGUACUGUGCUCCUAAGCAGCUGUCAUCCUGCCUACCCAACAUCGUGCCCAAGCUUACGGAGGUGCUGACCGAUUCCCAUGUCAAAGUCCAGAAGGCCGGACAGCAGGCACUCAGGCAGAUCGGCUCCGUCAUCAGAAACCCAGAGAUCCUAGCCAUUGCCCCAGUCCUUCUGGAUGCCCUGACAGACCCCUCCAGAAAGACCCAGAAGUGCUUGCAGACCCUGCUGGACACAAAGUUCGUCCACUUCAUUGAUGCCCCGUCCCUGGCCCUCAUCAUGCCCAUUGUCCAGAGAGCCUUCCAGGACCGUUCCACUGACACGCGGAAGAUGGCAGCCCAGAUCAUUGGCAACAUGUACUCCCUGACAGACCAGAAGGACCUGGCUCCGUACCUGCCCAGCGUGACACCUGGCCUGAAAGCGUCGCUUUUGGACCCUGUGCCUGAGGUGCGGACGGUAUCUGCAAAGGCCCUUGGGGCCAUGGUGAAGGGCAUGGGGGAGUCAUGCUUUGAAGACUUGCUGCCAUGGCUGAUGGAGACACUGACCUAUGAGCAGAGCUCUGUGGAUCGGUCAGGCGCUGCACAGGGGUUGGCUGAGGUCAUGGCUGGUUUGGGGGUGGAGAAGUUGGAGAAACUGAUGCCAGAAAUCGUGGCUACAGCCAGCAAAGUGGACAUUGCACCCCAUGUCCGAGAUGGCUACAUAAUGAUGUUUAACUACCUGCCCAUCACCUUUGGAGACAAAUUUACUCCUUAUGUGGGGCCCAUUAUCCCCUGUAUCCUCAAAGCUCUUGCUGAUGAGAAUGAAUUUGUGCGUGACACCGCCCUGCGUGCAGGCCAGCGGGUUAUCUCCAUGUACGCUGAGACAGCCAUCGCCUUGCUGCUGCCCCAGCUAGAGCAAGGCCUCUUUGAUGACCUUUGGAGAAUCAGGUUCAGCUCUGUUCAGCUCCUUGGGGAUCUCCUGUUUCACAUCUCAGGAGUCACUGGGAAAAUGACCACAGAAACUGCCUCCGAGGAUGAUAACUUUGGAACCGCUCAGUCCAAUAAGGCGAUUAUCACUGCCCUGGGGGUAGAGCGGCGAAACCGGGUGUUGGCAGGGCUGUACAUGGGCCGCUCAGACACCCAGCUGGUGGUGCGGCAGGCGUCCCUGCACGUCUGGAAGAUUGUUGUCUCCAAUACCCCCCGCACCUUGCGUGAGAUCCUACCCACUCUCUUUGGGCUCCUGCUGGGUUUCCUAGCCAGCACGUGUGCAGAUAAGAGAACGAUUGCAGCGAGAACAUUGGGAGAUCUUGUGCGGAAGUUAGGGGAGAAAAUCCUCCCCGAGAUCAUCCCCAUCCUUGAGGAAGGCCUGAGGUCUCAGAAGAGUGACGAGAGGCAGGGCGUGUGCAUUGGGCUAAGUGAGAUCAUGAAGUCCACCAGCCGGGACGCCGUGUUGUAUUUCUCUGAAUCCCUCGUGCCUACAGCAAGGAAGGCUUUGUGUGACCCGCUGGAGGAGGUCAGGGAGGCGGCAGCCAAGACCUUUGAGCAGCUGCAUUCUACCAUCGGCCACCAGGCUCUGGAGGACAUUCUCCCGUUUUUACUAAAGCAGCUGGAUGAUGAGGAGGUGUCAGAGUUUGCCUUGGAUGGUCUGAAGCAAGUCAUGGCUAUUAAGAGUCGUGUGGUGCUGCCCUACCUUGUGCCCAAGCUGACAACGCCACCUGUCAACACCCGGGUGCUGGCUUUCCUUUCAUCAGUGGCUGGUGAUGCCCUCACCCGUCAUCUUGGUGUGAUCCUCCCAGCAGUCAUGCUGGCCCUGAAAGAGAAGCUUGGGACCCCAGAUGAGCAGCUGGAGAUGGCCAAUUGUCAGGCUGUGAUCCUCUCCGUAGAGGAUGACACAGGGCACCGGAUUAUCAUUGAGGAUCUGCUGGAAGCCACCCGUAGCCCCGAGGUGGGCAUGAGGCAGGCUGCUGCCAUCAUUCUCAACAUCUACUGUUCCCGCUCCAAGGCUGACUAUACCAGCCACCUGCGGAGCCUGGUCUCGGGCCUGAUCCGCCUCUUCAAUGACUCCAGCCCUGUGGUUCUGGAGGAGAGCUGGGAUGCCCUGAAUGCCAUCACUAAGAAGCUGGAUGCUGGCAACCAGUUGGCACUCAUUGAAGAGCUGCACAAGGAAAUCCGGCUCAUAGGGAAUGAGAGCAAAGGCGAGCAUGUGCCAGGGUUCUGCCUCCCAAAGAAGGGAGUGACCUCCAUCCUUCCAGUGUUGCGGGAAGGAGUCCUGACCGGCAGCCCUGAGCAGAAAGAGGAGGCAGCCAAAGCCUUAGGCUUGGUGAUCCGCCUGACCUCGGCUGAUGCCCUGAGGCCCUCUGUGGUCAGCAUCACUGGCCCUCUGAUCCGCAUCCUGGGGGACAGGUUCAGCUGGAAUGUGAAGGCGGCUCUGCUCGAGACACUCAGCCUCUUGUUGGCCAAGGUUGGGAUUGCCCUGAAGCCCUUCCUGCCCCAGCUGCAGACCACUUUCACCAAAGCCCUGCAGGACUCCAACCGGGGAGUGCGCCUGAAGGCCGCAGAUGCUCUGGGGAAACUCAUUUCCAUCCACAUCAAGGUGGAUCCCCUCUUCACAGAGCUGCUCAAUGGCAUCCGCGCCAUGGAGGACCCAGGCGUCAGGGACACCAUGCUGCAGGCCCUGAGAUUUGUGAUUCAGGGAGCAGGGGCCAAAGUGGAUGCUGUCAUCCGGAAAAACAUCGUCUCACUCCUGCUGAGCAUGCUGGGACACGAUGAGGACAACACUCGCAUCUCCUCAGCCGGGUGCCUGGGGGAACUGUGUGCCUUUCUGACUGAAGAGGAGCUUAGCGCUGUUCUUCAGCAGUGCUUGCUGGCGGACGUGUCUGGCAUUGACUGGAUGGUUCGGCACGGUCGGAGCCUGGCGCUCUCCGUGGCUGUGAAUGUGGCUCCUGGCAGACUCUGUGCCGGCAAAUACAGCAGUGAUGUUCAGGAAAUGAUCCUGAGCAGUGCCACAGCGGACAGGAUCCCCAUUGCAGUGAGCGGGGUCCGGGGCAUGGGUUUUCUCAUGAGAUACCACAUCAAGACAGGCGGAGGGCAGUUGCCGGCCAAACUCUCCAGCCUGUUCGUUAAGUGUCUGCAGAACCCAUCCAGUGACAUCAGGCUGGUGGCUGAGAAGAUGAUCUGGUGGGCAAAUAAGGACCCGCUGCCUCCCCUGGACCCCCAGGCCAUCAAGCCCAUCCUGAAGGCUCUUCUUGACAACACCAAGGAUAAGAACACCAUGGUCAGGGCCUACAGCGACCAGGCGAUUGUCAACCUCCUCAAGAUGCGGCAGGGUGAAGAGGUGUUUCAGUCCCUCUCCAAGAUCCUGGAUGUGGCCAGUUUGGAGGUGCUGAACGAGGUUAACCGAAGGUCCCUGAAGAAGCUGGCCAGCCAGGCCGACUCCACGGAGCAGGUGGACGACAGCAUCCUGACAUGAGGGGCCUGGGCCUGCAGCAUUGCCGCUCCACAUCUUUGCUCAAUGUUUUCAUUUUUGAAAAUACAUUUGUUCCGAUGGGGAGCUUGGAAGAUGGCGUUCCCAGAAAGUAUUUUAAUAUAUCAGCAGACCACAGCCAAAGCCUUAAAUCAAACCCACACACAACUGAAAAUUGCCUCCUCCAUCUCUUACCUUUUCCUGUGGAGAAGAGAAGGAAAAGCACACGCAUGCGCCUCAGUGAAUGGCAGCCCAGGAACUGUCUGUCCAGUUUAGCAUGGCUAGGUCUGGAGCUAUAAUAGCAGGGUCAGACUGUGGGUUCCUCUUCUCCUGUGCUUGAGCUCUGGUUUGAGAGCUGGCGCUACCAACCUUUUGCCCAGGUCCUGAGUGGGGCACAGACAGUGGACGUCUGCCCAGUGUGGUGUGUCUUGGCUUGGCUUUUCAAUAUUGUGAGGCCUGGUUGGAUCUGACCCCUGUCAGAUGAAAAUGAUCCACAGCUCUGGCAGCUUCCAAGUCCAGGGAGGGGUAUAGGUUUACGUGCAGGCUGUUUGAAAGAGGAAUGUUGAAUAAAGGCUUUGAUUUAAUCUUGA